CGGAAAGUUCACUAACUUUUCGGGUUAAAAACCAGUCCAAAUAUGGCCACUAAUGGAAGAAGAAAUGCAAGAGAUAAUUCCCGAGCUGGUUUCGAGAAGCGAGAGAAAAGACGUCAAAUACGAGCUUUACAAGAAGCUAUUGACAGGCAUUCGACUGAGGAUGUACAGGAAAUAGUUCAGGAUGAGUUUGAUGUUGACUUCCAAUACCGCAGUCAGACAGCCUUACAGCUUGCAGUCAAGGAGGGAUGUUAUGAUAUUUGUAAGAUAUUGAUACAGAAAGGAGCUAAUGUAAAUAUGGCUGAUGCUGAACAGAACAAUCUAUUAAAUAUGGCUGCAUGGAGAGGACAUUUAGAAAUAGCAGAACUACUGAUUGAAAAUGGUGCUGAUAUAGAUGAUCAAAACAUUAAUGGAUAUACCGCAAUACACACUUGUGCUUCACAAGGUCAAACAGAUGUUCUACAGCUUUUGAUAUCAUCAAAUGCAGAUUUAGAUUUAAAUAACAGAAAUAGCCAGACAGCUUUACAUGUGGCCGUGAGAGAGAGAAAUUCAGAAAUAGUUCAGUUACUUUUACUAGGAGGAUGUAAGAUGGACAAGAUAGAUGAUAAGAGAAAGACGCCACUCAUGUAUGCUGCCGAGUUUGGCUUUAAUGAUGUUGUGCAAAUUCUUAUAAAUGGAGGUGCUAGUAUUAAUGUUCAGGACAAGAUAGGAAGUACAGCAUUGUUCCUAGCAGUACAGAAUGGACAUCUUAAUGUUGUACAAACAUUGGCUAAAGCAGGAGCCAAUGUUAACCUUCCAGUAACUAAAGGUGCAACACCACUCUUAGAGAGUAUAAGCCAGGAUCAUACAGAUAUUGCUGUUUAUCUGAUUGAUGUUAAAUGUGAUGUCAACCAAACUGACAGACUUCAUCAAGCUCCCAUACACUCUGCUGUUGCUAAAGUGUCACAGUUUUUCCAAGAGGAGUCGGCACAAGCUAUUUUUCUUGUAAAGAAACUGGUGGAGGCUGGUUGUGACCUGAAUGUAGCAAACGCUGAAGGAGCGAGACCACUGUAUCAGUGUGCAUGUGGGGGAAGUUUUGAAAUGGUGCAGUAUCUGUUAAGUAAAGGAGUUGACUUGACAGUAAAAACAAAAACAGGGGACACAAUUCUGCAUGGAGGUGUACAUAGUAACAAACCUGAGAUAGUGAAAGCUCUGAUAGAGGCUG